AUGGCCUCUGCCGUCUCACAAUCAUUGAACCAGUUCCGUGACAAGACACCAAUCGUUCCGGAAAAGAGGCAGCCGAAGCCAAACAGACCCGGUCAUGAUCAAUGGCCUUCGUUGCUUCAGACAGCCAUUGUAGCCGGUGCCUUGAAGAUACUGCUAUUCCCAGCGUACAAGUCCACAGACUUCGAGGUCCAUCGGAACUGGCUUGCCAUCACCCACUCAUUGCCCGUGAAGAAGUGGUAUUAUGAGGCUACCUCAGAAUGGACUCUGGACUACCCUCCGGCCUUCGCAGUGUUUGAAUGGUGUCUGUCAUGGCCGGCCAGCCUGAUUGAUGCUGGAAUGGUGCAAGUUCAGAAUUUGAACUACGACUCCUGGGCGACCAUAUGUUUUCAGCGGAGUUCGGUCAUCAUUACAGAGUUACUCCUGGUCUAUGCUUUAUACAAAUACACGGAGUCUUCACCGCCCUCGACGCGACGCCGGAGCCAUGCUGUGUCAUUAUCCAUUCUCCUCUCGCCCGGCUUCUUGAUCAUUGACCACAUCCACUUUCAGUACAAUGGCUUCCUGUAUGGCAUCUUGAUCCUGUCGAUUGUGUUCGCAAGGAAGGGAUCGACUAUGUUGCUCAGUGGCAUCCUCUUCGCAGUACUGCUGUGUUUCAAACACAUCUACCUAUAUUUGGCGCCCGCCUACUUCGUCUACCUACUCCGGGCAUAUUGUCUUCACCCAAACAACAUGUUUCGGCCGCAGCUCACCAACAUUCUCAAACUCGGGACAAGCGUAAUCGGCAUCUUCGGUGCGGCAUUUGGGCCUUUCGCAGCAUGGGGUCAAUUAGACCAACUGAAGAGCCGACUGUUUCCGUUCGCGCGGGGUCUCUGCCACGCAUAUUGGGCACCAAACGCAUGGGCGAUAUACUCCUUCCUUGACAGAGUGCUAAUCGUUGCUGCGCCUUAUCUUGGUCUCAGUGUGGACGAGAAGGCCGUGCACAGCGUUACCCGAGGUUUGGUUGGAGAUACCUCGUUUGCUGUUCUACCGGAUAUUACGGCUCAGACGUGCUUCGGACUCACACUUGCGUUUCAGACGAUUGCCCUGACAAAACUAUGGUUUACUCCGAAUUGGGAGUCGUUCGUUGGCGCUCUCACCCUUUGUGGAUACGCGUCUUUCUUGUUUGGCUGGCAUGUCCAUGAAAAGGCAAUCCUGCUGGUGAUCAUUCCGUUCAGCCUGCUGUCGAUCAAGGACCGGCCAUACCUAGCAAGUUUCCGUCCUUUGGCUGUUGCAGGUCACGUCUCAUUGUUUCCGCUGCUGUUCACCGCGGCCGAGUUUCCCAUCAAGGUUGGCUACACGAUAUCCUGGCUGAUCAUCUUCCUGUAUGCCUUUGAUCAGCUGGCCCCGGUUCCGGCACGCAGGAGAGUCUUCUUGUUGGACCGGUUCGCUCUACUCUACAUUGCAAUAGCAGUGCCGUUGAUGGCUUACUGCUCGCUACUUCACCAGGUAGUGUUUGGGAACAGAUAUCAAUUUCUGCCGCUGAUGUUCAUCAGCUCAUACUCGGCAAUAGGAGUGCUGGGUUCGUGGUUGGGGUUCAUGGUGUGUUAUCUGUCCGAGAGAUAG